AGCCCCCCCUUCUCGCCCAGCCCCUGCCUCCUGGCCCCCUGCUAUCUCACAGGGGACUCGGUGCGGGACAAGUGCAUUGAGAUGCUGACGGCCGCUCUCCGCAUGGACGACGACUACAAGGAGUUCGGUGUCAACUGCGAGAAGAUGGCAUCGGAGAUCGAAGACCAUAUCUUCCAGGAGCUGAAGAGCACGGACAUGAAGUAUCGCAACCGGGUGCGGAGUAGGAUCAGCAACCUGAAGGACCCCAAGAACCCCAGCCUGCGGAGGAACGUGCUGUGCGGGGCCAUCCUGCCCAGCCUCAUCGCCCGCAUGACCGCCGAGGAGAUGGCCAGCGAUGAGCUGAAGGAGCUGAGGAACGCCAUGACCCAGGAGGCCAUCCGGGAGCACCAGAUGGCCAAGACGGGUGGCACCGUCACCGACCUCUUCCAGUGCGGCAAGUGCAAGAAGAAGAACUGCACGUACAACCAGGUGCAGACGCGCAGCGCCGAUGAGCCCAUGACGACAUUCGUGCUGUGCAACGAAUGUGGGAACCGCUGGAAG